UUCCAAUCGCCGGCUGCCACCAAAAUGGCACCCAACGACGAUGACGACAGAGCGAGCAUCGCAACAACAGAGGAAACCCCCCUCCUAGCCGGCUCACCAAGACCGUCAUCACCUCGCCCCAACCAACAUGAACAUGAUAGCCAACACGGCCAACCAGCUCUUACUGCUACCACUUCCAAGAACGACCAACUUCGAAGCCGUAUCCGGCCCCGCGUUCUGAUUCUUGUGUUUGUCACACUCUUUUUGAUCGAGUUGGGUGUUGGCAUCACAGUCGCCCCUAACAGCGCCAUCAUGGAAUCUAUCAUUUGCCGGCAGCACUACCCCAGGCUGCCGCUUUCCCCGGACCAUCCAAUACGGCAGUUUGCAGGGGGGGUGGCGCUGAUAGAUGACCCUAUUUGCAAGUCACCGGAUGUGCAGUCCGAGCUGGCCAUGUUGAGAGGGUGGGCGCAGACGUUUGAGUGUAUUCCUGGUCUUAUCGGGGCGGUGCCAUAUGGGAUAUUGUCGGACAGAUGGGGCCGGAGGCCGGUGCUGGCGUUGAGUUUGCUUGGCUGUUUGCUGUCGGUGGCGUUUAUGUAUUUGGUUUUUUACUUCUCGGAUGUGGUGCCGCUGUGGUGGUUCUGGUGGUCGUCGGCGUUUGAGCUUAUUGGCGGUGGCGGCACCGUUCUGGUGGCUAUGCUUUAUACUUUUGUGGCAGACGUUGUCCCCGUUGACGGGCGCGCAACAGUUUUCCUGCAGCUAAACGCCCUGUUUUUGGGCUCGCAGAUGCUCGCCGGUCCGCUGGGGGGCGCCAUGAUGGUGAAUGACCCGUGGAUUCCACUAUGGGCAUCCUUGAUCAUUAUAGGGGGUGCGAACUUGCUCGUUCUCUUUUUGCCGGAGACGCUGCACCUUCACGACAAGAAGAACAUGGCAACCGCUUCAGAAGACGACAUGGACGACGAGAGGUCAGGGUUGCAAAAGCUCUUAUACAAGACAAAGACUGGGUUGGAAGAAGUCUGGGAGUUCAUUCUUGGAAACAAGAGCGUAGGUUUGUUGAUCUUGUCUAUGACUUUUGUUAUUCUUGGUCGGUUCGUGGGCGAGAUCUUGCUACAGUACGCCACAGAGAGGUAUCACUGGAGUUGGAGCAGAGCGUCAUAUCAGCUCGUGAUACGGAAUGCCUUCAGCAUGUUCACGCUGCUGGUUUUGAUGCCUUUUGCCAGCUGGUUUUGCCUUCAGCACCUGGGAAUGUCGGCAGUGGAGAAGGACAUCUGGUUGGGCCGAUGGUCUGGUGUCACGGCGGUGGCGGGCUGUCUGAUCAUUGCUGGAGCGACCAACGGGGUGCUUUUCUCUGUGGGACUGAUCUGGUUUGCGCUUGGCUCAGGGAUCACGUCUGUGAUUCGGUCUCUCCUCAACAGCUUGGUGGAAGAGCACCAUGUCGGUACCGUCAACACUUUGGUAGGCUUCAUGGAGAACGUCGGGAUGAUGGCAGCUGGCCCUCUUCUGGCUAAGAGCCUCAGCCUUGGACUCGAAUUGGGAGGCCUUUGGGUCGGUCUCCCACUCAUCACGGCUGGAAUGUUCAUCGCGACUUCUACGGCGAUUCUGUGGAUCUUUCGGUUACCGAGACGGCCAUCGUUGGUGGAUCUGAGAGCUUAG